AUGGUUCUUGUCUACUCUCAAAUGUUGAAGCCAGUCAUUGCCAGUGCACAGGAAUUCAACUAUUGUGAUGCUCUUGGCAAAAGUUUGCUCUUCUUUGAGGCUCAGAGCUCAUCAUGUCUCAAUGAUUUCACUAUAUUUGAACUUCAUUGUAAACUUAUGAAGACUCCAGUGGAUUUGGUUGGAGGAUACUACGAUGCAGGGGACCACAUCAAGUUUGGGUUCCCGAUGGCAUUUGCAAUGACUAUGAUCUCAUGGAGUGUGAUUGAGUUUGAGAGAGAGAUUUAUAUUUGCAAUCAACUGGAGAAAGCUCUUGAUGCUAUUCAAUGGGGAACUGAUUACUUAAUCAAAGCACAUACUCAAGCUAAUGUCCUCUGGAGUCAGGUUGGAGAUGGAUAUAGUGAUCAUCGAUGUUGGGAGAGAGCAGAGGACAUGACUACUUCAAGAACUGCAUACAAAGUUGACUCUGAGCACCCGGGCUCCGAUAUCGCUGGAGAGACUGCUGCUGCAAUGGCUGCAGCCUCCAUUGUUUUCAAGAAGUAUGAUUUUGCUUACUCUGAGAUCUUACUCUCUCAUUCUAAGCAGCUUUUCUCCUUUGCUGAUACAUAUCAAGGGAGAUAUGAUGAUUUUGUUAGUGAUUCUCGACAUUUCUAUCCUUCCAUGGGAUUUCAUGAUGAACUAUUAUGGGCAGCUGCUUGGCUUUUCAAGGCAACAAAUGAAGAAUACUACAUAAAUUACGUAGUGGAUAAAGUUGCCUCUACUGUUGAGACUGAAUUCGAUGUUACCCAAUUUUCAUGGGAAAACAAAUAUGCAGGUCUUGAAGUUCUCUUGGUAAAGGUGUUGACAUACCAUGGUAAUGAAGCCUACAAUCAAACCCUAGAUAUACUGAGAGCCAAAGCAGAGUUUUUUUUAUGCGCAUGUGUUCAGAAGAACGAUAAGGAAAAUGUUGCGAUGUCGCCAGGUGGUUUGUUAUACUUCAAAGAAUGGUGCAACAUGCUAUGCGUCUCAUCUUCAGCAUUUCUGUUAACUGUCUAUUCUGAGUAUCUGUAUACCAGCAAUUCUACCUUAAACUGCUUCAUAGGUCAAGUGCAACCUGUAGAACUCCUUAAGUUUGCGCAAUCUCAGGCUAACUACAUAUUGGGUAAAAAUCCAAACUCUAUGAGCUACUUGGUAGGGUACCAAAGUAAUUUUCCUACUCAUGUUCACCAUAGAGGAGCUUCGAUUCCAUCAGUGUCAGUGUUAUCUGUUCCUGUUGGUUGCUUUGAAGGAUAUAAUAAGUGGUAUUUGCGCAAUGAGAGCAAUCCGAAUGUCAUUGUUGGAGCACUCGUUGGAGGUCCUAAUUUUAAUGACAAGUUUGAUGAUCAGCGGUCGAAUUAUGCACAGAAUGAGCCUACUCUUGCUGGAAAUGCUCCUUUAAUAGGACUAUUUGCAAGAAUGAAUAAGAUUUCAAGAAGUUCAGGUGAAGCCUCCUAUGAUCAUUAUGCUCAUUUCUAUGUUCCUGUUGUAAGAUUCUAUAUAAUAUGA